GCUGCGUUCACGGCUCCGUGACCGGCAGGUUUUCCGUUCUCUCGAGUUUUCUUCUGUGCGUGUGCAGCUGUGAUGGAGCGCUGGAGGGGCAGAGUGGCUCUGGUGACCGGGGCCUCGGUCGGGAUCGGGGCGGCCGUGGCCAGAGAGCUGGUCCGCCACGGGAUGAAGGUGGUGGGCUGCGCCAGGAACGUGGACAAAAUCAAGGAACUGGCAGCAGAGUGUAAAAAAGCAGGCUACACUGGUGUCUUGGUGCCGAUCAAGUGUGACCUGACCAAAGAGGAGGAGAUUCUGUCCAUGUUUGCGGCCAUCAAAGCGCAGCACAAAGGCGUGGAUGUUUGCAUCAACAACGCCGGACUGGGUAAUUCGGAUCACCUGUUAAAUGGCAAAACCAGCGGCUGGAGGACCAUGCUGGAUCUGAACGUUCUUGCGUUGUCCAUCUGCACACGUGAAGCGUAUCAGUCGAUGAAAGAAAGAAAUGUUGACGACGGGCACAUCAUCCACAUAAACAGUGUGCUUGGACAUUUCGUACCUCCAUACAGUGAUUUUCAUUUCUACACUGCCACCAAAUAUGCAGUGACCGCCCUGACUGAAGGCCUGAGGCAGGAGCUGCGUGAGGCCAAGACCCACAUCAGGGCCACAUGUAUUUCUCCUGGUAUGGUGGACACUGAAUUUGGUACUCAACUGUACAGUGACGAUCCAAGUAAAGCUGCAGCCAUGUUUGGUCAACAUCAGAAUCUCUCUGGACUGGAUAUUGCCGGGGCUGUUGUGUACACCCUCGGUGCCCCUCCACAUGUGCAGAUUGGAGACAUCAUGAUCCGUCCUGUGGAGCAGCAGCUGUAAUGCUGUACUAAUGAUGUUACAACUGACAAAUUCUAAAUGUGAUCUCUUCACUACAUUCAUGUCUCGAUACAAUCAUGAAAUAAAUUUGGCUAUGAAUUUGCA